CUUCAGCUUCACCUCAAAAAAAACGGAGACUUUCGACUUCGCCAGCCGAUGAUCGACGAGUCAACGUCAAUGAAUCCCUCAAAAAGGUCAAACAAGACAAUCCUACUGGAACAGGAAGUUCCUCGAGUAUAGCUAAAUCAGAAUCAAUUUCUCCAAAGAUACCAACUUCGUCCCCAGCUCAGCAAGGCAAAACUAACGUCCCUACAGUUCGUAUUAGUGCACCUAUAAACACACAACAUCCAUUAAGUCAAAGCUCAACGUCCACUUCAGCGACAUCACCCUCCGCCAAUAUUGAUAAAGAAAAAUUAUCAAUACCGACCGCACAGACUUCAACUUCUACAAAAGGGAAGGCGAAUACUAGCGCUCAAACGCAAUCCAUUUCCUCAUCAACUCAACAAUCGCAACAAUCACAACAGAUUCAAUGUUCUAUAAACCAAGAGUCCACACAGGAUUUAUUGAUUAGAUUAACAAAGAAAGAAGAAGAAAUUCAAAACUUACUGGGUGAACUUCAAAACCUUUCGCAAACAUUAACGCCGGAUUUUACAUUUGAUCAAUCAUUUCGAAAAAAAUUUCUUGACCCAGCAAUUAAUCUUUUAUUUCGUAAUAUGAAAAAAGAAUUGGAAGAUAAAGAUAAAACAAUUGAAUCAUUACAACAUGAAUUAGAAGGCGUUAAGUUUACACCGAAUAGUAUUACUGGUAAAAAACUUGUUUCAAAACUACGAGCAUUGCAAGAUGAAAAUGAGGAAUUAGGGCGGCAACUCCGCCAGGGACGUGUAGAGCAAUAUGAAGUUGAAAUAGCUUUACAGAGAAAGAUGAUUUACGAAUUGAAACAGGGUCUUGAAGAAUCCGAUAAUCAACUUAUAUCUAUGGACAAUGAAAUGGAACGUCUUCAAGACCUUGUAUUCAAAUUAAGAGCAAAAGUUAAACUUUAUGAAGAUAAGUUCGGUCCUCUAGACACUUCUCCAGCAGAUGUCUCUAAGCCAGAUGUUGUUAACGAGAAAGCCGAAUCUACAAAAGUAGAACAAAAAGUCGAUAUAUAG